AUGCAAUUUUAAUAAUUAAUGCCUGUAGGAUAUAUGAAAUAACCUACUUUGAAAACAUUUGUAAUAGCAAAAAUAAAGAAAGAGAAUACAGAAAAAUGUAUUAAACUUUAUAAACAAAAAUAUCAUCAAUAUUUCUAUUAGCAUGAUUAUCUAAAAUUAAUUAAAUAAGGUUAAGAAAAGGAUUAUGUUUUGAUGUUAUUUUGUUUUCCAGAGGUAUUUAUUUAAUUACUAUUUAUAGGACUUAGAUAAAAUGAAGUUAGAUUUUGAAGUAGAGUAAUUUUUUGAAAUUCAAUUACCAAGCAUUGCACCUAUCAAUAAAGAAUAAAAAUAAAUAUAUGAUGAAUAUUGGAAUAUCUUACAUCCAAAUUAUGAAUAUCCACAUAAAUAAAAUAAAGAUGCACCUCUUAAAAUGUAAUAAAUUUUAGAUACAAAACAAACAAGGAAUAAAUGUAUUCUUUAUAAUGAUGAAAAUGAUAUCAUUAUUGAAGCAGAAGAUGAAACACAUAUUAAUAAUGUUAGACAUUGUGUUAUGGUAGCAAUGGAGAAACUAGCAGAACAUAAUAAAAAUUAAAAUAAUCAAAAACAUUUUCGUGAAACUUAGUAUUAUGCAAGGGAAAUGACUUUAGUCACAUACUUUGAACCUUGUAUUAUGUGUUCAAUGGCUUUGAUUCAUUCAAGAAUAAAAGAAGUUUAUUAUUAUCAAAAAAGAGUUGUAGAUGGAGGACUCAAUGAUCAAUUAUAAAUAAAUAAUAUGAAAUAACUAAAUCACAAAUAUUUAGUAUUUUAUCAGCAUUGA